AUGCCGUUAUAUAAAGAAGACAAUUUUUUAAUAAUAUAUCCUGGAUCCAAACAUACAUUAUUUGCGUUUGGAUUGUCCGAUACAUUAUCUCCACCUCAAUUCAAAAUCCCAUCAGUUGUUUAUCAAGAUUCCAUCACGAAACAAUAUCAAGCCAGUAGUACUAAUAGUACUAGUGAAACUACCAUUGAAGAAAUAUAUCCUAUUAUUGAAUCAAAAAUUGUUAAUUUGGAUGCAUUUAAUUAUUUAUUGAAAAUUAUUUUACAAAGUGUAAUUGCUAAUCAUCCAACCAUUACUAUUAAUCAAAUCCCCAUGUUAUUAAUUACUCCUAGUUUAACUUGGUCAAGACAAUCAAUUGAAUAUAUUACUAAAUAUGUUAUUGAAAAUUUAGAAAUUACUGCAUUUAAUAUUAUUGAUUUAAGUCUAGCUGCAACUUUUGGAAUUGGUCAACUGACUAAUUCUAUUGUUGUAUAUGUUGAUGAAGAAAAUAUUCAAAUUGUUCCUAUAAUUGGAUAUCAAACCAUUAAAUUUGCUGGGAAAUUAAUUAAAAAUGAAGGUGGAAUAACUAUUACUAGAGAAUUGAAACAAAAUUUACCUAAUUUAACAUUUCAACAAAUUGAAGAUUUGAAAAAUUCUAAUAUUUUUGAAGUUGUUAUUGAUCAACAAGGUUUAGUAUUGGAUUAUAUUAAAGAUAUUAAUAUCAUUAAUAAAGAUGAAGAUAAUGAAUUUGAUGUUGCUAAAAUUGUCACUGAUAAUGAAAAUGGUCUCCCAGGGACAAUAACUGGUAUCUCAAAUGAAAACAAAAAUGAAAAUGAAAAUGAAAAUGAAAAAGAACAACAACAAGAUUCAAAUAAACCAAAUAAAGAAUUGGAAAAAAAUUAUUUCAUUGAUUCUAAAACUCAAGAAAAAAUUUGGAUUGGUAAAGAAAGAUUUUCUGGUACCAAUAAUCUUGUUAAAUUAAUUUCAUCAUCGAUAUAUUCUUCAUUAUUAUUAAUUCCUGAUAUUGAUAAAAGACAAGAUUGUUAUGAUAAUAUUAUAUUAACUGGAUCUAUUUUCCAAACUCCAGGAUUAAAAGAAGCUAUAUUAAUUAAAUUAAAUCAAGAUUAUUUAAUUAAAGAACCAAAUUUUAUUGAUCAAUCAAUUAAUGACCCUAGUGUCAAUACCGCAAUUUUGAAAUAUCAACAAAGUACUACAAUAAAUGAUUAUAAUGAAAACGACAAUAAUAAUAAUAAUACUACUACUACUAAUAAUUCUAAUUCAAAUCAAGUUCCUAAUUCUAUAAAAUUGGUGAAAUAUCCCGAUUAUUUCCCAGAAUGGAAAAAACCAAAGGAAAAAGGUGGAUCUUGGCAUGAUGUUUAUUUUUUGGGAGGUCAAAUUUAUAGUAAACAAAUUUAUUCUGGUAGUUCUCAUCAUCAUGGUAAAGAAUUAUUUGUUGGAAGUGAUAUGUAUGAAGAAAGAGGUCCUCAAAGUAUUUGGGAUGCCAGCAUUUAA